AUGGCGCUGCUCUCCCGUCUGCUACUCUGUCCGCUGUUGUCCCGGUCCGCUUUGCCCGGCGGGGAUAUCCGACUCCAGGCACCCGGUGCGGCAGAGGUGAGGUCGAGGUUAGCUGGACUUUGUUGCUUCUGCAGCCGCCACCUGGGCUCCGGAACGGUGCCAUUUCCUCGCAGCAUUUGGAACCUGGAGGCCCUGGUGCUGCCUCCUCCGGGCCGCGGGCGACCCCUGCUCAGCCCCCCGAGACUCCCCGCAGCCCUCGCUGCUUUCCCUGCUUGCCCUCGGCGCGGACAGAGCCCGGAGGAGCAGCCCCAGCAGCGCCAGAAAACCAAGAUGAUCAUUCGGGGAUUCUCCGACCCCAUCAACUGGGUUAGGACUCGAAUUUACGCUUUCCUUAUUUGGGCCUAUUUCGACAAAGAGUUCAGCAUCGCAGAGUUGUCUGAGGGGGCGAAGCAGGCUUUUGCUCAUGUAUCCAAGUUGUUGUCACAGUGUAAAUUUGAUCUAUUGAAAGAACUUGUGGCCAAAGAGGUGCUUCAUGUAUUCAGAGAAAAGGUUUCUUCACUACCUGAUAACCAUAAAAAUGCUCUUGCUGCUGAAGAUGAAAUUGUGUGUACAUCAACAGGAGACAUCUCCAUUUACUAUGAUGAGAAAGGAAGGAAGUUCGUUAAUAUCUUGAUGUGCUUUUGGUAUCUAACCCGUGCCAACAUCCCCAGUGAAACUUUGAGUGGAGCCAGUGUAUUCCAGGUUAAUUUUGAUCAGAACGUAGAAACCAAACAGCUUCUUAGGGCAAGCUAUGAAUUUCAGAGGGAGUUUACACAAGGAGUAAAGCCUGACUGGACCAUUGCACGGAUUGAACACUCAAAAUUACUAGAAUAAUCUUUCUUGGAAAAAUAAGCUUGUGAACUUUUAGUAACUGCUAUGAAGAACUAAGGAAGAAAAAA